AUGUCGUUCGUUCCAUCCGAAGUUCGACUCGAUCACACAUAUCUGGAGUGGGAUAGAGAGUGGAUUUUCCAAAGACUUCCAAAGGUGAGUGCAUUUCAAAUUGGUGAUAAGAAAAAAAAAAAUUUUUAG